AUGGAUCUGGAUGUUACUCCUGUGUGGCUUCUUCUACCUGGAUCCGAAGGCAUUUAUAAUCAGAAGCUCGAAUUGCAUCUCGAGCAGCAAACUCCUCAUCUAGAAAGCCCUGUAGAGGCGACUGCUGUGGAGUUUCGGAGUAGAUUUGACACUCCAUCUCCGAACCUUUUUCGAAGCGUAAAACUAGAGAAGCUACUCGACCCGGUACCGUUGAAACAGCUGAAUUAUUGGUUUCACGAUUGCAAUACUGGACAUACAAAAUGCUCUGGUCUUCAGAAAGAUGUAGAAUUACCUACGAGGGUCCUGGACCUGUGCGCCAUGCCCAGCGCAGAUGUCAUGAUUGAGCAUGUACAUGAGUGGGAGGAUCUGUUCCUUCCGAGCGAAUGUAGACUAGUUGAAACCACCACAGGACAGCUAGGAAAGUAUGCCACGCUCAGCUACUGUUGGGGUAGCGGUCUGCCGUUUAUAACUACCAAGGAGACUUUGUCAUCGAGAAAGAGUGGCAUCAGCUUUCGGGAUCUUCCUAAAACUCUUCAGGAUGCCGCCAUGAUAGCGCGGUAUCUUGGUCUUCGAUAUAUAUGGAUUGACUGUCUUGCCAUUGUACAAGAUGAUGCGGCAGACUGGGAGAAAGAGUCAGCUGUCAUGGCUGAUAUCUAUUCAAACUCAUACAUAAACAUUGCCGCAUCGAAUGCUUCGCACUGUGGGGCGGGUUUCCUAGGACCACGGAAGAUGCCAUUGACCGAACGUAUCGAAAUUCGCGACGACGAGGGCGAUCUGGAGCUGUACCUCGUUGCUCAACAAACGCGAAACAAUACACUAGUGAGAGAUCCACUGUACCAACGAGCCUGGGUUCUACAAGAGCAACUACUACCAACACGUUCUAUACAUUUCGGAAGCGACAACAUGCUCUGGCGGUGCCCUAACGGCAUUGAACACGAAGAGCAAAACAAACAAUGGACACACCUGUACACUCUCAGUGCCGUAGUAACCUGCAUAGGUCUACCACCAGGUGCAUCGUUUGGACAAGACGCCUGGUUCCAGCUGGUUCGGGACUACACCUCGAGAGGUAUUACCUACUCCAAAGACAAGUUCCCAGCCAUAUCAGGUGUCAUGACUGUUUUACGGCGCAUGACUGAUGACAUGAGUUACGCUGGACUCUGGAAGCGCAAUUUCCUCAAGUGGCUUUUGUGGAUACCUAAGCAUGAUAUUGCACCUUUUAAGCGGCCUGAUAACUGGAUAGCUCCUUCUUGGUCAUUCAUGUCUGGAGAUGGCCCGGUAGACUACAGCCUGGGAGCUCUCAGUUAUAACAUGAAUGCGUCGUUACGAGAGUUUUGCGCAACUCUCCAAGAGUGCAGUGUCACGCCCAAGGGCCUGAAUCCUCUCGGCGAGUUGACGGCUGGCUUUGCCCGAAUCACUGGUUCAGUAGUGGCUCUUGCUCAGAUCUCACAGAAUUCGGAACAGCACACCUACUUCUCGUGCAGCGUUCAAAUGCGCGAUCGGAAGGCGCAUCCUGCGCGCGUUCUGUUCGAUGUCGACACCCACGAGCGCUGCGAUGUUCUGGUGAUUGCGCCAGCCUUUGGAAUAGCAAUCAUCUGCACGAAUGAAGAGCGCAGCGAAUACGUAAGGGUCGGACUGGUAGUAAUUCAAACAGUAGAUCUCAAUGAUGCGAAGGGCGUAAGUAGAAACCUUGACUGCGAUGAAACUAUCAAGAAUGGAAACACUGACAUUCGUCCAGGAUUCGAGGCACUGGUAUCCGGAAGCAUCAGCUUAUCCCAAGCCACGCUCGAUUUACCCAUAAUUGCUGGAGCGGCUGGCACAGCAGCAGUCGCAGCCUACCUGAACGCAAAACACCACAUUGCUCAUGACCUCAAGAAUGCUCGUGGCGGGCUCUCACAAUCACAAGAUGUUGUAGAUUUCAUUACCGAUCGCGCCAUCCGAAAACGCGUUCUUACCUACCAUGUCUUCGAAGACCAGGUUCGCAAGCAGCCCAACCACCCCUUCCUCGUCUUCGAAGGCAAGGCAUGGUCGUACAAACAGUUCUUCGAGGCUUUUACAAGAGUGGGGAAUUGGUUGAUAGAUGACCUCGGCAUACAAGUAGAUGAGGUGGUUGCUAUGGAUGGCGGGAAUAGCCCAGAGUUUCUCAUCACAGACGCCGAUGUCAAGAGCAAUGUCGAACCAUGCCGUGCCGACCUCGAGGAAACAGGCAUAAAGAUUGAAUAUUUCGAUACAUCAUUCUUUGCAUCUUUAUCGAACUCGACUCCUAUACCAGACUCACGUCGCGAACAACUUACCAUGGAGUCUAUCCGCUCACUCAUGUAUACUUCUGGAACUACUGGAUUGCCUAAGGCCGUGAUUUUGAGCACCGGUCGCGAGCUCUUGACGGGUUAUGGUGUCGCAAAAUACUUGGAUCUCAAACCAGAAGCCAGAAUGUACACAUGCAUGCCACUUUACCAUGGCGCUGCACACGGACUCUGCGUGACACCGAUCGUCCAUGCUGGCAGCACAAUCGUACUAAGCCGGAAAUUCUCGCACAAGACCUUCUGGCCCGAAGUAGCAGCUUCAAAUGCGACCAUCAUACAGUACGUCGGCGAGCUCUGCCGAUACUUGCUCAAUGGCCCAACGAACCCAUACGAGCGAAAACAUAAGGUGCAAAUGGCCUGGGGCAACGGUAUGCGCCCAGAUGUAUGGGAGCCCUUCCGUGAGCGUUUCAACAUACCCAUCAUCAACGAACUAUAUGCGGCUACGGAUGGAUUGGGGUCGACCUUCAACCGCAAUGCGGGUCCUUUUACAGCUAAUAGCAUUGGUCUCCGAGGUCUGAUCUGGAAUUGGAAGUUUAGGGACCAGGAAGUGAGAGUGAAGAUGGAAGUUGACACCGAAGAUAUUAUGAGAGAUGCAAGAGGCUUUGCGAUUCGAUGUGGAGUUAAUGAACCAGGUCAGGUCUUGCAUAGGCUGACACCUGAAACGGUGGCCAGUGCACCGGGUUAUUACAACAAUGAGGGUGCAACGCAGGGUCGAAGGAUCACUGAUGUGUUCGAGAAGGGUGAUAUGUGGUUCAAGUCUGGCGACAUGAUGCGACAGGAUGCCGACGGCCGCGUCUUCUUCGUCGACCGCCUUGGUGAUACUUUCCGUUGGAAGUCUGAGAACGUGUCCACAAACGAAGUAGCCGACAUGAUUGGCAAGUUCCCACAGAUUGCUGAAACUAACGCGUACGGCGUGCUUGUACCUGGUUAUGACGGCCGCGCGGGAGCUGCUUCCAUUGUCAUGGCGGACGGCGUUACUGAAGCGACAUUUGACUUCUCAGCAUUGGCGAGGCAUGCUAAAGCAGUCUUACCGAGCUAUGCUGUACCACUCUUCUUAAGAGUAACACCUGCAUUGGAAUACACAGGUACUUUGAAGAUUCAAAAGGGCAGGUUGAAGAAGGAAGGUGUAGAUCCGGAAAAGAUUACGGGUGAGGAUAAACUGUACUGGCUGCCUCCUGGAAGCGAUCGGUAUCUGCCAUUUGCGAAAAAGGACUGGGAAGCCAUAUUGGAGAAGAGAGUGCGUCUGACAUAG